AUGUCCACAUCAAAAAAUUUUGCGGAUAAAGUAGUGCUGAUCACCGGUUCAAGUGGUGGUAUCGGCGCCGUCACAGCUGUCGAGUUCGCCCGAUAUGGGGCUCAAGUGGUGAUCACCGGUCGUAAUGCCGACAACUUGUCAGAAGUGGCCAAACAAUGUGCGGCCGUUUCGCCCAAAGGCCUGAAACCACUGGAAGUGUUGGCAGACGUGAGUAAAGACGUCGACUGUAAACGACUGAUUGACAGUACGAUCAGUGCAUUCAAACGGGGUCAGUCCUGUCCUCUCGACGAGUCGGCCGACGGUUUCGUGAAGGGAGAGGCCGUGUGUUGUGUACUCUUACAGCGCCGGCAGUCGGCCUGUCGUGUGUACGCCAGCGUCCGAUCGGCCGGUAUUAACAACGACGGCAAGAAGACUAUCGGUAUGUUUUGCCCCUCCAGUGAGGCUCAGGAAGAGCUUAUGGUCGACACCUAUACCAAGGCUGGCAUCGAUCCCCUCGACCUCACAUACAUUGAGGCCCACAUCACCGGCACUAAGGCUGGAGAUCCGGCUGAAGUGAAGGCCAUAUACCGGGCCUAUUGUGAGCGCACGGGUCGGACACAAGCCCUGCCGUUGGGAACCCUGAAGAGCAAUAUGGGUCACUCGGAGGGCGCCUCCGGUCUGACGUCACUCAUUAAAGUGAUGAUUGCUUUUGAAAAUGAAUGCAUUCCUCCGAACAUUAAUCUCAAGAAUCUUAAGCAAGAGUUCAGACAAUACUGUCCGCCAUUAUUGCCGGUCACACAAAAGCUUAAGUAUAAACCGGGUUUGGCUGCAGUGAACAACUUUGGUAUCGGAGGAGUGAACGAUCACGUGAUCGUUGAGCCCAACCCACGGGUGCCGAAGCCACUGUCGCUUUCAAGCGGCUUCUUUCACUGGUUUCUCAAGGUCACUCUAUUGUGUCGAUCCAUGAAAUACACGCCUAAUGUUAACUCUUCGGGCUUUCCCUUCAGAGGAUCAAUUAUAAUCAAUGAGAUAAAUGAUGGUAAAAAUGAAGUGAAAUACAGGUAUAAGAAACAAAUAUCUGUUAUGAAAGACAAAACACUUCCACCCCUUUGGAUGGUAUUUGCGGGUUUGGGCGGUCAGUGGCCAGCAAUGGCUAAGGCUUUGAUGCCAAUCAAGAUAUUUGCUCUAUUUCACCUUCUUACGAUAGCGAUGUUUGAAGUGAUAAAAGCGCUGGACAUCACACCCGACGGCAUAAUUGGCCACUCGUUUGGAGAGAUAGCCUGUGCUUACGCUGACGAGUGUCUCACCACAAGGGNUAUUCACCCUCUGUCGAUGGCUGAGGCGCUCAAUGUCUGUCCGAAAGGGGUUUUCGUUGUCUGUAAUAACGCUAAGAAUACUGUCGUCAUAUCGGGCCCGACGAAAGAAAUGCGCGAAACAAUUGAUUUGUUGAAUAAAAAAGGGGUUUUUGUGCGACAGUUAGAGAGCAGUGAUAUACCGUUCCAUAGCGAAUACCUGCGCUCAUCGGCACAGCCUAUGAUCGACGCCAUUAAAAAAUAUAUGCCUAACCCUCGGCUCCGAUCGCGGAAAUGGUUGUCCACUUCGGUAAUGGUGUCGGAGCCCGAAGACGUGUGCCUGCGAUACGCGUCGGCCGAGUAUUUCGUGCACAACCUAAUGAACCCUGUUCAAUUUUAUGAACGACUUAAAUACAUACCCACCGGUGCUAUUGUACUGGAGCUGAGCCCUCACUCACUCUUCAGCAAAAUAAUGACAGAAUCGGUGAACAAUUGUCGAUAUAUUUCAUUGAUAUCUCAAAAUUCAAAUCAUAAAAAUAUGGAUCAGUUUCUGUCGGGAAUCUCCAAACUCUACGAAUUUGGUUUUAACCCAUCAGUGGAGCGCCUGUACCCACCCAUUCAAUGGCCGGUCCCUCGAAGCACACCAUCUAUCAGUUCCCUCUUGAAGUGGGAUCACAGCCGAGACCUAUCGGUCUAUACCCCGAAAUGGCCACAAAACAAGUUACGGUACGUUUGCGGGGAUAUGAAUGUUGUGGUGAACAACGGGGCAAAUAAAGACGACUACCUGUGCGAUCACGUGAUUGACGGCAAUAACCUGUUCCCAGCGGCCGGUUAUCUAAUGCUCGCGUGGCGUCAAAUGGCCGCCUCUUAUGGCCAGACAUGGAAUAAAGUGUCCGUAGUUUUCGAGAAAUGCCAGUUCUUGAGGGCGACAUUUCUCGCACCCGACGUCCCGACAAGACUUACCGUCAAAUACUAUCAACAAACGGGCGAUUAUAGUAUAUAUGAAAGCGACAACAUGUGUGCCGUCGGUACUGUCCGUCGCGGCGCCGACGAUAUGCUGACCGAACAACACCUCAUCAGUGAUGGACAGCCAGUAGUGUCGGAGUGUGAGUACCGGUUGGACAGGGAGUCCAUUAAGAAAGAGAUGCAUAUUCUGGGCUAUGAGUUAUCCAACGGGUUUCAGUCGUUGACAAAUAUGCGGACCAAUGACUUCCGUCGGGUGUCGGCGGACAUCGAGUGGACGGGAAAUAUGGUUACAUUUCUGGACGGUUUGCUACAACUAAACGGUUCUUUGUUUCCCUUCCGGAAACUCAUGGUUCCGGUGAUGAUUGACGCCAUACGUGUCGACACAAACACACUCUUUGAGGCGUUGAAGAGGAAUCGUUUGUCCGAUAAAGUGGUGGACACAGACGACGGCAAAGGAGUGGUCGGCGCCUUAACCAGCGGUUCGGCCGACAGUUGUCUAAAUGAUGUCGACGGCAAUACAGUUAACGAUCUCACCAAACGGUUCCAACUCUUUCGCUCCCAAUUGCCGGUAGUGUUAGACUCGUCAACCAAUUGUGUGCUCACAUACGGGAUAGAAGUGUAUAAUAUGGUCACCGCUCCCGUCACUAGAAAAACUGAUCCCAAUUUGGUUUUAGAGAGACAUGAGUUCAUCGCCAACAACGACAUUACGGCCAUCGACGACAGCCAUAAGAAACUACUUAUUAAUAAUAUUGAAGUUUGCAAAGCAAUGACCGUAAAAAUACGUGAAAUGGGUUUCAAAGAAGUGAAAUUAAAUCUUGUGACAAAAAACGAGCGCUUAAUCCGAUCUGUGGUUGAGAUAAUCGGCGAAAAUGUUUUACCCGUAAAACAGAUGAAAGUCACGGAAAUUAAUUUCACAAACGAUUUGAUGGCAAACCAUAUAAAACAAGCUCUCGUUUACUUACUGUUCACGUGGUCUGACAUCGAUUACAAAUUGAUGGUUAAAUCUAAACAUUUAAUACCCGAUUAUCUCAAACCUAAUGCCUUUGAAUGGGAUAUCAAAGAGAAUCUAAUCCUUAAAGUCAACCAUUUAAUUGUCUUAAGAUAUUCACACCAUUUAUGGGAAUUGGAUUUACAAGACUUGAUGCAAGACUUGUCGGACGCCAUCGAAAGCAAUGGAUUUCUAUUAAUAUUAUUUCGAUAUAAACUGACGGAACCGGAGAUCGCAUUGAAUUCAUUGUUUGGGAAUUCAGUCACGGAUUCAGAUCUCGAGAAACGGAUCAAUGAGUUCAUCACUUAUGGCAAUGAAAUGGGAUUAAGAGUGAUAUGCAGUAAAUGCGAUACAAUUGGUUCAAUGGCUGACAGACUACUGAUGGCCAGUGAAUUGGGUGCCGACAGUCCCCGGGUUUGGCUCAUUGCCAACGACUCGUGUAUUAACGGAGUAAUGGGUUUAGCGAAGAGUCUACGUCUGGAACCGGGAGGCGAACACUUCAGAUAUAUUUUUAUUUACGAUAAAAACACCACAAAUACAGACAUAGACUUCACUCAAAAGCCAUUCAGCGAUAUAUUGGCCAACGAUUUGGUGUCAAAUGUGAUGAGAGAUGGAAGACUGGGUUCAUAUCGAUACCAGAGUUUUGGCAAAGAUUUUGAUAAAAUCCAAUCAAAUGAGUAUUACUUGGGUUUAGGAAAGGGUCGAGAUUUGUCGUCACUCGAGUGGACGGACGCGACGGCUGUUCAUAAGACUGACCACUACUACGACAUGACCACCAAAAUGAAACAAUUAGUAAAAAUCCAGAUCUACUGCUCGGCUGUUAUUUUCCGAGACGUACUCAUAGCCACCGGUAAAAUACCGUCAUUUUCUAACAUAUCUGAAGACCAAAUUGGUCACGAGUUUUCCGGCCGUCGGGCCGAUACCGGGGAACGUGUUAUGGGUAUGAAUUAUGGCAAGAGUGUGGCCACAAGUAUUCGAGUGGAGCCGUAUUUGUUUACACCAAUACCUGACAACUGGUCUAUGGAAGAGGCGGUCACUAUAUUGAGCCCGUAUUUCACAGUUUGGUAUGGACUGAUAGAGAGGGCGCAUAUCAGACGAGGCGAGAGUAUAUUAAUCCAUUCGGCGGCGGGAGGUGUGGGUCAGGCGGCCAUUAAUGUGUGCCAACACUACGGCUGCGAUAUAUACGCGACGGUCGGCACUGAAGAGAAAAAAAAGUUUCUUAUAAAUACAUACAAAAUACCGGCGAAGAAGAUAUUCUCGUCGAGAAGUACUCAAUACAAAAGUCAAGUGAUGCGCGAGACUGCCGGACAGGGAGUGGAUUUGGUGCUCAACUCUUUGGCCGGCGAUAAGUUUGACGCGAGCUAUGAGUGUGUGGGCACAGGCGGACGGUUUGUGGAGUUGGGAAAAAUGGAUUUCUUUCAGAACCGAAAGCUCCCGAUGUAUAACCUAUUGAGGGAUUUGUGUAUUAUUUGCGUUUCACUGGACGAGAAUCUUAUGGCUCGGGAGUACAUAUUUGACGCGUUUUACGCUUGGGUUCACCAGAACUGCACCAAUGGUUGCGUAAAACCGUUGAAUCGGACGGUAUUUCCGACCGAAGACGCAGAGAAGGCCUUCCGAUACAUGACUACCGGUAAACAUAUCGGGAAAAUAGUUAUCCGUAUUCGUGAAGAGGAGGCGAACCGAAAGCCGUGGAAAAGCGUAAAAGCGGCCGAUUGUAUGAUUGUUAGCACAAAGACUUACUUCAAUCCCAAUAAGACUUAUAUAAUAACCGGAGGUUUGGGUGGCUUUGGGUUAGAAUUGUGUCAAUGGAUGGUAUAUAACGGGGCAAAGAGAUUGGUGUUGACCUCCCGUUCGGGUAUUAGAAAUGAUUACCAAAAAUAUAUUGUCAAUCGUUUGAAAGCUUUCGGCAAAACAAACAAAGCGUUUGAGAAUCAAGUUAUAGUCUCUUUGGCCGACUGUUUAACUAUUGAGAGCACAAAACAACUGUUAAAUGAGUGCAAAGGGUUGGGCGCACCCAUCGGUGGUGUCUUUCAUUUGGCCCUCGAGUUAAACAAUUGUCUCUUCAGUGAAAUAUCUUUCGACGCAUUCAUGAGAACCGUUGAUAUAAAGGAGAAGAUAUGCAAGAAUUUGGAUCAAUUGAGCCGAGAAUUGGACUAUAAUUUAGACCAUUUUGUGGUGUUUUCGUCGGUUUCGGUGGGAAUGGGUUUUGAGGGACAACUGAACUAUACUUACGGUAACUCUAUUUGCGAUCGCAUUUGCGAACAGAGACAGAGGGACGGCCUGUCGGGUCUGGCCAUACAGUUUGGUCCGAUCGGUGACGUCGGGGCUAUGACUGACAUUACACAAGUGUUCGCAUUCAUGACAACUCAGAAACAACGGAUCCAUUCGUGUUGUGAAGUAUUGGACAAACUAUUGGCCGUUGAAUACCCGGUCAUAACCGUAAAUGUGAAAACAAUUGAGACAUCGGUAUUAAAACUGGACACGAGUGCCAAAGAGGGCUCGAAAUCAUUUAUUAAUAAUUUGUGGCGAUCUCUGGGUAUCGACCCGUCGGCCACUCCGGCGGACAUCACUUUAGGAGAGAUAGGAAUUGAGUCCAUAUUUGCCUCAGAAUUACAGCAAACAUUGGCAAAACUCUGUAAUCAAACGAUUCAUUUAAAAAUAAUUAAACACAUGUCUGUCGGACUCUUUCGGGACAUUGAGUCCGGAGGCGAUCACAUCAUUAAAGCCUAUUUUAAUGGCAUAAAAAGAGCUCAGAUAUCACUCUCGAAGUAUAAGUUUGUGAUUCCUGUGGAAACACACGUCAGACUCAAUGGUGUCUCAAACGGAAAACCAUUGUAUUUAAUGCCGACUCUGGAGAUG